AUGGGACGAGCUCUUCUAGUCGCCCUCAUUGGGUUCGCUGUCUCGAGCGUGCUUGCUGGUACCAACGUCGACCCAAAGGUUCUCGAUGCUUGUCCCGGUUACACCGCUAGCAAUGUUAAAGUCCUGGGAGGUACUUUGACAGCCGCCCUCAAGCUGGCGGGCAAGGCCUGCAAUGUGUUUGGCGAUGACAUACCCUCCUUGUCUCUCAAGGUUGUUUAUGAAACUAAAAACCGCAUCCAUGUCAAAAUCACCGACGCCUCAUCAGCACGUUAUGAGGUUCCCGAAUCCGUCCUCCCUCGACCGUCAGCUGCCAAUCCCGUUCCUCCCCUUUUGGCCAAUAUCCAGUUCAAAUAUACGACUUCGCCGUUCAGCUUCUCUAUUGUCCGUACCUCGACGUCGGAGGUCCUUUUCUCCACAGCCUCCCAUCCCAUCAUCUUCGAGUCACAAUAUCUUCGCGUGAAGACGGCCCUUCCGUCAAAUGCCAACAUCUACGGCUUGGGAGAACAUACCAACUCCUUCCGUCUCAAUCCCAACAACACCACACUCACCUUGUGGUCUCGUGAUGCCUACGGCGUACCCUCGGGCUCCAAUUUGUAUGGAAACCACCCUGUCUAUUUCGAACAACGCAAGACAGGUACUCAUGGCGUCUUCUUGCUCAACUCCAACGGGAUGGACAUCAAGUUGACCCCCGGUGCUCUCGAGUAUAACGCGAUUGGUGGUUUGCUCGACUUCUACUUCCUUGCCGGAAGCCAGACGGAUCCGACUGAGGUCGCGAAACAAUACGCAGAGAUCGUUGGCACUCCCGCUGAAGUGCCUUACUGGUCUUUCGGACUGCAUCAAUGUCGUUUUGGCUACCAAAACUAUAUUGACGUCUCUCAAGUCAUUACUAACUACUCGGCCGCUGGUAUUCCCCUUGAGACUAUGUGGACUGACAUUGACUACAUGGACCGGCGCAGAAUCUUCACCGUCGACCCCCAGUACUUCCCCAUGAACCGGAUGCGCGAGGUUGUCGAUUAUCUGCACGCGCACGACCAACAUUUCGUACUCAUGACUGACCCUGCUGUCGGCUACGCUCCGGGCGAGGGCUACGGACCAUUCGAUCGCGGCACGCAAGCUGACAUCUGGUUGAAGAACAGCAAUGGAAGUGCUCAUCUCGGACUCGUAUGGCCUGGCGUUAGUGUUUAUCCUGAUUGGUUUAAUCCUAAGAUUCAAUCGUACUGGUCAAACGAAUUCUCGAUCUUCUACUCCCCGAAGACCGGUCUCGAUAUUGACGGUGCAUGGAUUGACAUGAACGAACCUGCCAGCUUCUGCGACCUCCCUUGUGACAACCCGUUCGAACAGGCGGUCCAACAAAACCUGCCUCCCCCACGUUCUUCACCCCCACCCGACCCCAACACGCCCAUUUUUGUCAACGCCACUGCUGUCGGUCGCAUCAACAAGCGCGACAAUCUCCUCAACCCAUUAUACUCCAUCAACAACGCCGCUCCUGGAGGAAACCUUUCCAGCAAGACCGCUUUCACCAACACAGUUCAUGCUAACGGACUGACCGAAUACAACACUCACAACUUAUAUGGCACGAUGAUGUCUGUCGCGACCCAUCAAGCCAUGCUUGACCGCCGCCCCGGAAAACGGACCCUGGUCAUCACACGAUCGACUUUCGCUGGUGCUGGAGCGCAUGUUGGGAAAUGGCUGGGAGAUAACUUUGCUGAGGAUGACCAUUAUCGACUUUCCAUUGCGGGAAUGCUUGGAAUGGCCACUGUAUAUCAAGUGCCAAUGGUUGGCGCCGACAUCUGUGGCUUCGCUGGAAACACGACGGAGACGCUUUGCGCUCGCUGGGCAACUCUUGGUGCUUUCUACCCGUUCAUGCGUAACCAUAACGCAGACAACGCCAUCAGCCAAGAGUUCUACCGCUGGCCGCAAACGACUGCUGCUGCGAAGAAUGCGCUUGAUAUUCGUUACCGCUUGAUUGACUACUUCUACACGGCCUUCCAUCAGGCCAGCGAGCUCGGGACACCUGUCGUCAGCCCUAUGUGGUUCAAGUACCCGAAAGACACUGCGACAUAUGGCAUCGAAUACCAAUUCUUCUUCGGCGACUCGAUUCUGGUUUCUCCUGUAACCGACCCGAGCUCCACAUCCGUCUCCAUCUAUCUCCCCAAGGACGUCUUCUACGACUUCAAGACGCUUGCGCCGGUCCAGGGCAAAGGCGCGCAAGUCCAACUUUCCAACAUUGCCCUCUCGGAAAUUCCAGUCCACAUCAAAGGCGGUGUCAUUCUCCCCCUGCGUGAGAAGGCCCAAAUGACGACCGCCGAGCUGCGCGAAACCGACUUCGAGUUUGUCGUUGCCCCUGGCGCUGACGGGAGCGCCUCUGGCUCGCUCUACAUCGACGAUGGCGAGUCAAUCAAGCAGGCGCGCCAGACGGAGGUGUCGUUAGUCUACAAGUUUGGCACGCUCACUGUGCUGGGCCAGUUCGGGUACAAGACGGGUGUCAACGUGGCCAGAGUGAAGGUUUUGGGCGUCAGCAAAGCCCCGAAGAGUGCGUUCCUGAAUGGGAAGUUGGUUGCGCAAAAGGGCAUCAAAUACGACAAGGCGGCCAAGGUCCUCCAGGUCGAUGUCGGAUUGCCAUUUACGCAUGGUUUCACGCUCACGGUUGUUUGA